UCUUCGACUCGACUGCUGCCUACAGCGACCGCACCGUGCGUCUACGGACAGUCCGCUCACAACAACCUGCCCUUUCCGUUCAUAUUUUCCGUUCAUAAUUCCUGAAAUACACACGUCUGAAGACAACGGACACGAUGAGCGAUAUAAACGUGAAGAAGCUGAAAGUGAACGAGCUGAAGGACGAGCUGAAGAAAAGGAGUCUGUCUGAUAAAGGGCUGAAGGCGGAUCUUAUGUCGCGCCUGCAGGCCGCACUAGACCAGGAGGCGCUCUCUGGUACUAACGGCACCGAACGUCGGUACGAGGACGAAGGAGACCCCGCCGGGGAAGACCUGGAGGAGGACCCGGUGGGAGAGAGCAUGGAGGAGGAAGAUGAGGAUGGAGGAAACGCGGAGGCCGAGGAUGAUGAUAUUAUGGAGGAGGAAGAGGACGACGCCGGGGUAGAGAUGGAUAAAUCGGAUGAAGACGCCCUGCUUAAAGAUGAUGAUGGUGAUGAUGAAGACGAAGAGAUGGAGAAAUUUGUUGAGGAUGAUGUGGCUCUUGACAAGGGGGAUGCGGACAAAGACAAGAAAGAUGAACAGAAGAAUAAGAAGGGUGUAAAGAGACGCCGAGAUGAACAUGGAAGGGCCUACUUUGAAUUUAUUGAAGAAAGAAAAUACAGCCGGGCGAAGUCUCCUCAGCCCCCUUUGGAGGAAGAAGAUGAAGAGUUUGAUGACACAACCGUGUGUUUGGACACCUAUGACUGUGACCUGCACUUCAAGGUGUCUCGUGAUCGCUACAGCGCCUCGUCUCUCACGAUGGAGAGCUUUGCCUACCUGUGGGCAGGAGGACGAGCGUCUUAUGGAGUGGACAAGGGCAAGGCUUGCUUUGAAAUGAAGGUUGUCGAGAAGAUCCCUGUAAAACACAUCUCCAGUAAAGGAAUUGAAGACCACGAUGUCCUGGUGGGCUGGUCAUUGGCCAACAGCUCUCAUCUGCUUGGAGAGGAAGCUCACUCGUAUGCCUUUUCAAUGACGGCCAAGAAAACCAGCAAUGCUGUGACAGAGGACUACGGGGAGACUUUUGACGAGAAUGAUGUUGUCGGUUGUUUUAUUAACUUUGAUGGAGCGGAAGUGGAAAUCUCCUUCUCCAAGAAUGGAGAGGAUCUGGGAAAGGCGUUUACAGUGAGUAAGGAUGAGCUGAAGGGAAAGCCGCUCUUCCCGCACGUCCUCUGCCACAACUGUGCUGUUGAGUUUAACUUCGGCCAGCAAGAAAGCCCAUUCUUCGCUCAACCGGAUGGAUUUACUCUCCUGCAACAGAUCCCCGUUCAUGAUCGCAUCAGAGGACCGAAGGGCCCCGAGAACAAAAAAGACUGUGAGGUCAUUGUGAUGGUGGGACUGCCUGGAUCUGGAAAAACUGAAUGGGUCACAAAGCACACAGAAGCCAAUCCUGGAAAAUACAACAUACUGGGGACGGACACAAUCAUAGAGAAGAUGAUGAUUUCCACGUUGAAACGACAGAUGAAAGACGUGACCAAGCUCUUAGAGAUUUCCCUGCGUGCUCCUCUCUUCUUGGGUAAAUUCAUUGAGAUCGCAGCACGGAAAAAACGCAACUACAUUCUCGAUCAGACUAAUGUUUCAGCUUCAGCCCGAAAAAGGAAAAUGUGCCUGUUUGCCGGGUUUCAGCGUAAAGCAGUGGUUGUCUGUCCAACAGAUGAGGAAUUUAAAAAGAGGACGCUGAAAAAAGCAGAAACUGAUGGCAAAAAUGUACCUGAACACGCAAUCGUAAAAACAAAGAGAAUAUACUCGUUGCCAGUGGAAGGCGAGUGCUUCAGUGAAGUGCUGUAUGUGGAGCUGCAGAAGGAAGAAGUAGCCAAACUUCUUGAACAGUAUAAAGAGGAUAGCAAAAUCUGUUCUCUAGAGAAGAAACCCAACCAGGGAGUUCAGCCUAAGAGAGGAAGCCCAAGAGGACGAGGAGGAAAAAACAUGUUCAAUCGUGGUGGAGGAGGAGGAGGACUAGCUCAGAGAGGAGGACGAGGAGGCUUUCCACACAGAGGAAACUUCAUGGGUGUGCCUAUUCCUCGUGGUGGGUUCAGAAGACCACCGAUAGACUUCAUUCCUCCGCAUGCCUUCAGAGAAGUCUUCAGUCGGGGCAGUUUCAGCCGGGGCAUGGUGAUGCCCAAUAGAGGUGGUGCUUCCAGACCAGGACCAGGACCAGGACGGGGAAACAUGGGGAACAGAGGAGGAGCCAUGCACAGGGAACACAUGGGGCCCGGUGGAGGGGGCAACUUUAACCAGAAGUUCAGGGGUCGAGGAGGAAAUAAUCGAGGAUUUAAAAAUGGCAACUUUAGGAUGAGCAAGGCACAGGCUUUCAACGAAAGCUGGCAACAAGGGUUCUGUAAUCGGAAGCCAUGGAGUCAUCCGUACAGUCCUUCAUAUUACUGAAAAUAAGCUCACGUGAAGAACAUCAGCUUUAACUUCAGAAGUCAAACAUUCGCUUUAUCUAUUGUCUUCUUUUUAAUAGGACAUUGAGGAGAAAUGACUCUGGAGCUUUCAGAGCUUCAUAGUUGGUUUGUUUUUUGUUUUAUUGAUAUUUUAUGUAUGUAUUUGACCGCAGGCUUGUAUGCCAAUGCAGUUCAAUUCAGGUCUCUUAGUAUAACUUCAGGGUGGGAUGUCUGACUUUUUGAAACUUUCAACUUUCUGAUUUUUACGUGUGUGAAUCUUUGUGUAGCAGUAAAUCUCAGUGAUAAAUGGAGAAUUAGAGAAAGUUACAUCUAAAAGUAAUCUAUUACAAUCUUAAGUCCAUGUUAGUCUUAGAAAAAAAGCAAACAUAACACAUACUUUCACAUUACGUGUCUACACUUUCUAAUUCACCCAGAAAUGAAAAUUCUGUCAUUUACUAAUUCUUAACUUGUUUCAAACCUUUACGAGUUUCUUUCUUCUGUUGAACAUGGAAGAUAUUUUGAAGAAAAAACUAAGGAAAAACAAAUACAAUGGAAGUUGAUAGUUACUGUUUUUGAGAAAUCUUUAAAAUAUCUUCUUUUGUGUUCAACAGAAUAAAAUAAACUGAUAAAAGUUUGGUUCCACUUGAGUGUAAGUAUAGCGAGUAAAUGUUCAUUUUUGGGUGAAGUUCAUUUGGCUUUAUUAGUUGGCAUUUAAUACAAACAAUUACAUUAAUCAAACCAACUCGC